AUGGUAAAUCCACCUCAACCUAGAAAUAUACCACCUAAUUCACCCCGUUCAUCUAAUCCACCAUUGCAUACUCCAAGUACAACAGCAUCUUCAUCUUCACAAUGUUCUGCAUCGAAUAAUAAUAAUAAUAAUAGUAAUAGUAAUAAUAAUAAUACUAAUAAUCACAAUGGGUCUGGUCAAUCACCUCGUACUACUCAAGCUCAAUUACAUCAUCAUCCAACUAUUUCACAUCAUCAUUCUUCAAUGCUGCAUCAUCAACAUCCAUCAAGAAAACCUUCAAUUGUUGAAUUAUUAAGUUCUCCUCCUCCUUUACCUGUCGAUCAAGAUGAUUCCAUAAAUCAUUUAAGUUUAUCAAGAAAUCCAUCUGUCAAUUCAAGAUCAUCAUCAUUAUAUCAAAGUCCACAAACUUUAAAUCAUUCAAAUUCAAUUAUUGGUUUAGAUUGGAGUGAAAUUCCAUUGAGUGAAUUGACUGAAUCAAAUAAAUUAAUAAGUAUUCAUUCAUCAUUAUCUGUUCAAGAAGCAUUUGAAACUUUGGUAUCCAAUAAUUUAACUAGUGUACCAGUUUCUAUAUCUGAAAAUCAUUCUGAUUUAACAAAUUGUUUAACUUUUGAUUAUUCAGAUUUGAAUACUUAUUUGUUAUUAAUUAUGAAUAAAAUCGAUUAUUCAGAGUUGAAUGUUGAUGAAAUUGGAGAUGAGAAAAUGACUUUUCAAGAGAAACAUGAUUUGGUUAUAUCAAAUAUUAAUAAAGCUAAAAAAGGUGAAGAAGUUCCAGUUGAAUUUAUAAUUAAAUUACAUCCAAAAAAUCCAUUUAUUAAAUUUGUAGAUAAUGAUACUUUAUUUUCAGUCAUGGAAACUUUAGGUAAUGGAGUUCAUAGAAUUGCAAUUACAGAUUCAACAACUAAUAAAAUAAUAGGUAUAUUAUCACAAAGAAGAUUAAUUAAGUAUAUGUGGGAAAAUGCUAGAAGAUUUCCAGCUCUUGAUUUUUAUUUACAAUCAACAUUACAAGAUUUAAAAAUUGGUUCCAGUAAUCCAAUUACAAUUUACGAAGAUCAAUUAUUGAUUGAGGCUUUACAUAAAAUGUUUAAUGAACGAGUUUCAUCACUUGCAGUUAUAGAUAAAUCUCGUACACUAAUUGGAAAUAUUUCAAUUGUUGAUGUUAAAAAUGUCACAAGUUCAAAGAAUUCAUAUUUAUUAAAUAAAUCAGUUUUGAAUUUUAUUUCAUAUAAUUUAUCACAAAAGGGUAUUGAAGAAGGACAAGAUCAAUUUCCUAUAUUCCACGUUGAUCAACAAAAUAGUCUAGGUAGAGUUAUUGCAAAAUUAGUGGCUACACAAUCUCAUAGACUAUGGAUAGUAGAUUCUAGAAAAUCAAGCAAUUCAACCUCAAAUCCAAUUAAAGUAGGAUAUUCAAAACCAAUUGAUUCAAAUAUUACUAAUAAAGCAGCUACAGUUGAAGAUACACUUACAGAAACACAACCAAUUGUACCCCCAAUUGAUUCACAAAAUAUAGCAUCAAAUGCAACCAAAACUGAAGGAGGUUAUGGAUUUGGAAGAAAUAACAUUGGUAAAUUGAUCGGUGUAGUUACAUUAACGGAUAUUUUAGGAUUAUUUGCUAAUUCAAAAGGGAGAAGAACUGAUCCAGGAAUGGCUAGAAGUCAAAGAAGAAGAAGUUCAACAAGUACUACAAAAUCAUCAAUUGAUUCAUCAAGUAUAAAUACAACUGGUGAACCAAUUUCAAAUGUAAAUACAAACGGAUCAAAUAAAGAAACAAUAACUGCAAGUACUAGUCAAGGUGGUAAUGGUAAUAGAAUUAAUGCUACUACCGAAGCUUCAAGUGAGAUUUUUAAAAAGGUUUACACUAAACCUAAAGAAAAUGUUUUUUCGAAAUAG